CGCUCAUUUGGUUGGUGGUUAGCGGUGGUCGCUCUUCUCAAAUACCCCACCGCGCGCACGUGCCAUGAAUGACCGAUUGGCCAGGUUCCUGGCAGAGCACGAUGAUUUCGAGCUCUGCGACGAUGGCCAGAAGGUGCGUUGGAAGCUUGCCAGCGGCGGCACUGGGAAGAAGUUCGCGGCCAGCAACUACGGCGCCCUGGAGUCCUUCGUGCAGGGUAGCACGUACAAGGAGAGGACGGAGCAGCGAGAGGCGGUGAGCGUGCCUCUGAGCAUCUCGCUGGAGGGCGAGGCAUCCGCGUGCGUAGAGGAGCGCCUGGAGGACGUGAGAAGGCAACUGCACGUGCAAGAGCAGAUCAGCAGGCAGACCGGCAAGGACUACUCCAGCCUGAGCUCGGCGCUGCACGCCAGCAAGAGGCAGCUCCCCCACGAGCAGUUCUCCCAGCUCGUGGACGUGAACCGAAGGGCCAAUCACGCCAAGCACGUCGGGCUGAGCGGGCGCCACGAGGACGCGGGGGGCCAUCCUCCCGCCGUGGCGCAACCAGCCACCUCAGGCGGCGGCGCCACCGCGCUGUCGGAGCUCGAAGCCGCCGUGCUGGUGCCAGUCCCGGGCGAGGACUGGCACUCGGAGGGGUCGGAGGAGGCCGAGGGCGAGCCAGAGGCCCCAGGAGCACCCAGCGGAGCCUGGCCCUGGCCAGCGCUGGGCGCUCCCAGUGGGCAGGGCAGCGAGGGGGCGGGAAGCGAGGCUGGAGCGCGCCGGGGCGCAGGCGGGGCGGAGGCGGCAGCUGCUGGCGCUCCAGCGCUGCCGGGCGCCGCCCCGCGGGAGGCGGCGGGCCCCUGCCCGCUCGAGCCCCCGCUCGGGGACGGGCAGGCCGCGCAGGGGAGCUGGUCGAGCUGCUCGGCCCGGCGCUUCUUCCAGGGCCUGGCGGGGGCCAGCGGCGGCGGCGGCUCCAGAGGCGCCAGUGCCAGAGGCCCCAGCGGCGGCGGAGCCCCGGGGAGGCCGCACGGCUCUCUCGCCGCCGCACCACCGGGCAGCCACGGAGACUCCGCCCGCCCUGGCGGCGGCGCCAGCGGCCCCAGCGGCGACGGCGCGCUGGCGAGACGGCUGGCCAGCGCCCCCCCCGCUGCUGCAUCGGCGGGCUGCCAGAGAGGCAAUGCAAGCCUCAAGUCGGGCGUGUCCCUCUGAAGGAGGAAGGCUCAGAAAUAGUAACGAGACAGUCUGGAGGCGACUUUUCUAUUGCUUUUAACAAGCUUAGAAUAUGUUUAGACUUUCGCCAGAAAUGGGGGAACCAAGAAUGACAUACACAUAAAAGCUCGGAGGUCCGCGCGGAGCGCGCCAGGGGCGGCGCCGGAGGCGCCGCCAGGGCGGUCCAGCGCGGAUCCGAGAAAUCCGCGCGGACCUUCGAGCUGUUCUGUCUGUGCCGUCCUUCGCUCCCCUAUCAGAGAGGCCCCGCAGGCCUCGACGGGGUCGGCGGCGGCGCUGGCGGCGCGGGCGCCCGCGGCCCCGGCGGCGAGGGCGCUCUCGCGAGGCUGCCUGCCGGCGGCCCUCCUG